UUGGAAGCGGCGCAGUCCGACUCAUCCCAGCCCUAGGAUGGCGUCCCCACGAGAACUGACUCAGAACCCCCUGAAGAAGAUCUGGAUGCCGUACAGCAAUGGGCGGCCCGUUCUGCAUGCCUGCCAGCGCGGUGGUCCCGAGGACCCAGAGCUGCAGCUCCAGCUUCACGCCCCAGCUCGCCUGGCCCACGCGCCCUCAGUUCAAUUUGCAUGACCAACUGCCCGACGCUCAUUGUCAUGGUGGGGCUGCCUGCCAGGGGCAAGACCUAUAUCUCCAAGAAGCUGACUCGCUACCUGAACUGGAUUGGUGUGCCCACGCGAGAAUUCAACGUUGGCCAGUAUCGCCGGAACAUGGUCAAGACGUACAAGUCGUUUGAGUUUUUCCUUCCAGACAAUGAAGAGGGCCUGAAAAUCAGGAAGCAGUGUGCCCUGGCAGCCCUCCGCGAUGUUCGGCGGUUCCUUAGUGAGGAGGGGGGACACGUGGCGGUUUUUGAUGCAACAAAUACCACCCGAGAACGAAGAGCCACCAUCUUUAAUUUUGGGGAACAGAACGGCUACAAGACCUUUUUUGUCGAGUCCAUCUGUGUGGAUCCCGAGGUCAUAGCUGCCAACAUCGUGCAAGUGAAACUGGGCAGCCCUGACUAUGUCAACCGUGACAGUGAUGAGGCCACGGAGGAUUUCAUGAGGCGCAUUGAGUGCUAUGAGAAUUCGUACGAGUCGCUGGAUGAGGACCUGGACAGGGAUCUGUCCUACAUCAAGAUCAUGGACGUGGGGCAGAGCUACGUGGUGAACCGUGUGGCCGACCACAUCCAGAGCCGCAUUGUGUAUUACCUCAUGAACAUCCAUGUGACGCCCCGCUCCAUCUACCUCUGCCGGCACGGGGAGAGUGAGCUCAACCUGAAGGGCCGGAUCGGCGGGGACCCAGGCCUGUCCCCCCGGGGCAGGGAGUUUGCUAAGAGUCUGGCCCAGUUCAUCAGUGAUCAGAACAUCAAGGACCUAAAGGUCUGGACAAGCCAGAUGAAGAGGACAAUCCAGACGGCCGAGGCACUGGGUGUGCCUUAUGAGCAGUGGAAGGUUCUCAACGAGAUUGAUGCGGGCGUCUGUGAGGAAAUGACCUACGAGGAAAUUCAGGAUCAUUAUCCACUGGAGUUUGCCCUGCGAGACCAGGACAAGUACCGGUACCGGUACCCCAAGGGCGAGUCCUAUGAGGACCUGGUCCAGCGACUCGAGCCUGUCAUCAUGGAGCUGGAGAGGCAAGAGAAUGUGCUGGUCAUCUGCCACCAGGCUGUGAUGCGCUGCCUCCUGGCCUACUUCCUUGACAAGGCAGCAGAACAGCUGCCCUACCUCAAGUGUCCACUGCACACAGUCCUGAAGCUGACCCCUGUGGCCUAUGGUUGUAAAGUGGAGUCCAUAUUCCUGAACGUGGCGGCUGUGAACACGCACCGGGACAGACCUCAGAAUGUAGACAUCUCGAGGCCUCCGGAGGAAGCCCUUGUCACGGUUCCUGCUCACCAGUGACUGUGUCAAGUCCACUGUGACUCCCAGAUAGGUGACUUCUGCAGACAAGAUCACUUCAGGCCCUCUGGUCUGUGUGACAGUCACCUCACAGAAACACCCUCAAAGCCAUACGUGGCUGGUGGCGCCCAGAACCCCCGCCCCAGCCCACCUGUUUCCUUAUUGACAGUGACAGGGCUGUACGUGGUGCCCAACCUGCUGCUAAAUAUCAUUCGGCCUGACUGUGUCUGCCCAGGCCGGCCAGAGGUUGCCCAGCACCUGGUCCUCUCUCACCGGCCAGGUGGGCUUUGUGAGUGUGAAACCCAACAAUGUGAAACGGAAAGCA